CCCAGGUUGAUUGGAUCAUGGCUUGGAUGUUCCAGAGAGCUGUUUGGGGCUGUGUGUGUGCAGGACUGACCUCCAGGAGACAAUAUGGAAGCUACUGCAAAAUUUGACUUCAAUGCAACAGGAGAGGAUGAACUGAGUUUCCGGGCUGGGGAUGUUCUGAAGAUUUUAAGCUCUAAGGAAGAGUGGUACAAGGCUGAGCUGAAUAGUUAUGAAGGAUAUGUCCCAAAGAAUUUCAUAGAUUUUCACAGUCCCAGCUGGUUCCAUGAAGAAGUAUCCCGCCACAAGGCAGAGAAUAUGCUCAAGGGGAACAAAGUGGGCUCCUUCAUCGUCCGAGCUACUCAGAACCGUCCAGGCGACUUCUCCAUCUCUGUCAGGCAUGAAGAGAACGUGCAGCACUUUAAAGUGAUGAGGGACCCAAAGGGCAACUACUUUUUGUGGAGCGAAAAGUUCCCGUCACUAAAUAAACUUGUGGAAUUCUACAAGACUUCUUCCAUCUCCAGACACGCACAGAUCUUCCUGCGGGAUGAGACCCAGAAAGAACAGCAGGAAGCCGCUGUAUGGAACCUGGCUAAAAGGACACAGGAAGUGCUUCACCUGAAUGGAGGACAUGGGAAAGAAGCAGGAGCAUCAGGGCAUAACAAAGAUGUGGAUCAAUCAGCAUCUUGGCAGCAUAAGCAGGACCGACGUGGCAGGAGUCUGGACAUUCAAGAUACAUCUCAGAGCCAAAGACACCAUGGAGAAGGGAGUGGACCAUCUAUGUUCCGGAGACACACCGAUCCAGCACAGCAACCACAGCGAACACGAUGGGUCCGUGCCUUGUAUGACUUUGAGGCAGUGGAGCAUGAUGAGCUAGGUUUCUACGCUGGAGACGUCAUUGAAGUCCUGGACAACUCUGAUGCAUUCUGGUGGAAAGGCUCUUUACAUGGAAAAUUGGGUCUCUUUCCUGCCAACUAUGUAGGGCCAAUGUCCUGGUAAAUCUACAUGGUUUGUGACUGCGCCAUCUUAUCAAUAGCUUUCAUGGGCAAUCAUAGCACCAGCUAU